ACUCACACGUCUAUAGCCUUCGAAUGUAUACACCGAUGAACACCCAUUCGUAAUACGAUAAUUCAAAUUAAGAACAUGUACAUUUAAAUUUAAUUUAAUUAAUUCCAUUUUUAAAAAUUGAUCGUUUUCGCAAUUAAAUAAUAAACUUUUUUUUUAAGUGGCCAGUGGUACAGUUUAUGUUCUUGAAGACAAAUGAUGUGGUAUUUGACAGAAGUGGGGUAGUGAGGGAUAGCUGAUAUCAUUGUGAUGAUGAUAAAAUGAUCAUCAGAUACACGAGACGACUUUGAACGUGAAACAGCCAGGAGGGCGAGCGACUGCGGUGCUAACAUGAAUGCUACCCAAAUACUCUCACGCGGGCUCAACCGAACCAAUAAUGAAGUCACUUACCCACCAACGGAGUGGUUCGUCGAGAACUGCUCGUGGGUGGACGCGGUAUCGUGGGGCUGCAACACCACCGUCAACGCCACCACUAACUCCACCUCCAGUGACGUCACGUCGCUCGUCCUCAUGGCGGUCACGUCGGUCGUAUUGGCACUUAUCAUCUUAGCUACUAUUGUUGGUAAUGUGUUCGUCAUCGCAGCUAUUAUAAUAGAGAGGAAUCUGCAAAACGUCGCCAAUUAUCUGGUGGCGUCGCUUGCUGUAGCCGAUCUGAUGGUGGCCUGCCUCGUCAUGCCGCUUGGCGCUGUUUACGAGGUCAGUCAAGGUUGGAUCUUGGGGCCGGAACUAUGUGAUAUGUGGACUUCCAGCGAUGUACUCUGCAGCUCUGCUUCUAUUCUGCAUCUUGUCGCUAUUGCUACCGACAGAUAUUGGGCUGUCACGAACGUUGAUUAUAUCCAUUUACGCAACGAGAAGAGGAUCUUCACGAUGAUUGUGUUGGUCUGGGGAGCGGCGCUGGUAGUCUCUCUAGCUCCCCAACUGGGCUGGAAGGACCCAGACUACCUCGCCAGGAUAACACAGCAGCAGAAGUGCCUCGUCAGCCAAGACCUAGCGUACCAGAUCUUUGCAACUUGCUCUACAUUCUACGUCCCUCUCGCUGUUAUACUAAUAUUGUACUGGAAGAUCUUCCAAACGGCAAGGCGACGUAUUAGGAGGCGCAGGGAGCCGCCACCACCACGCCCCACGUCUGCUGAUGGAGCGCCACCUUCAGGGCGACCAGUGCAAUCGGCGAGGGACAGGAGGUUCGUGAAGAAGCGGUUCCUCAAUCUGAAGAAGUGCAAUCAACGAACGCGCGCGGAAACUUUAGCCGCUGCACUAUUGCUCACAGAAGGACAGAGCACUUCCACUGUAGAUACACUGGACGAUGAGCCUCGUACCACAGCGUUUACUAUAAACGAGAAAGUACCACCAUCUGUCUCCCCAGAAAAGUCUUCCUCGACCGUCACGAAUGGGUCGAAACCGGAGCGAUCUAUCGUUCCCAUUCCCACGCACAGGGAAAAGAAGGAGUCGCUAGAAGCGAAGAGAGAGAGGAAAGCAGCGAAGACGCUCGCCAUCAUAACGGGAGCGUUCGUGUUUUGUUGGUUGCCAUUUUUCAUAAUGGCCCUAGUGAUGCCAAUUUGCCAAACUUGUGUUAUUAGUGACUACUUGGCCAGUUUCUUUCUAUGGCUGGGCUACUUUAAUUCGACGCUCAAUCCAGUUAUAUAUACAAUAUUCAGCCCCGACUUCCGCCAGGCGUUCGCUCGUAUCCUUUUCGGGACGCACCGGCGCGGGCGCAAUAAAAAGUUCUAACGAAAAUGUCCUUAUUAUGUAUAUAAUUGAGUCCAAAAUGGGAACUCUGAGAGACUAUAUAACUCCACUAAUUGUAUUAUAUUUCAAUGCUUUCUGUAUGUUAUACAUACUACAGUUCGUAGUGAGUGUAAAUACGUUUAGCUGAGAUUUGUAAAUAAUAUAAAGAUAUAUCUAUUAUAGAUGAUGUUGACAAUUGUUUUUUUUACGCGUUAUAGU